AUGAGCAGGAUAUUGUUGGUAGAAGACGACGAGGCGAUGGCUGUGGCCCUACAGGACGGUUUCCGCUACGAAGGCCAUGAGGUGAUUCGCGCUGCCGAUGGCGAGGAAGGGCUGACGAUGGCGCAACAGCAACAACCCCAGAUCCUGAUUCUGGACGUGAUGCUGCCGAAAAUGACUGGCCUGGAGGUAUGCAAACGCUUGCGGGCGGCAGGGUCAAGGUUGCCGAUUAUAAUGCUUACGGCCCGCGGUCAAGAAAUCGACAAGGUACUAGGACUGAAGCUCGGUGCCGAUGACUAUGUGACGAAGCCUUUCAGUUUUAUGGAGCUCAUGGCCCGGGUUAAGGCGGUCCUGCGGCGUAGCGCGCCCGAUACGCCGGGCGCAGCAAACCAGGAUUCCAUCUACCAGCUAGGUGAGGUCACGGUUGACGUGGCUCGCCAUGAAGCGAGCAAGAACGGUGAGCCGCUGGAGUUAACGCCCAAGGAAUUUCGCCUGCUGGGCUUUUUUAUCGAGCAUGUGGGAGAGGUUGUUUCCAGGGAGGAUUUGCUUGACGCAGUCUGGGGUUACGACACCAUCCCCUUUACCCGUACCGUCGACACGCAUAUCGCUAAAUUGCGCAAGAAGAUCGAGGACGACCCUUCCGACCCCAGGCAUCUGAUCACCGUGCAUCGAUUAGGCUACAAGCUAGUGUCGACGGCGCGGUAUUGA